AGCGACAUGCCUCAGGGCGAGUCGAUGCAGCAGCCAGCAGGGAUGACUUGGAUGCCACCGGCCAACCAGCCGCAACAAGUGCCGACAACAGUUCAGGACAACCUCUCAUACUACGUCAGGGAUGAUCACCAACACGUAAACGCAUGGGAGCAGCCCCUGCCGCCCUCGUCGUCGUCGUCGAUGCAGCAACGGCCCACGGAGGCUGUGGCAACGCCCGUCACGAUGGCCCAUGGGCUCUAUGGCCUGUCCGACGCAUCAAGCCGGUGGGCCCAGAAGCCUCUGCCGGACAACUUCGACCAGCAUUCCGUCCUGGACCCGGAGACGCCCAUCGGCCAGGCUUACACCACCGACGACACCGUGCCCAUCCUUGACCUCAGGUACACGACCCCAUCGCAUGACAACGCGGACCAGAUGAACCUCGACGGCAGCGUGGCCAGCCAUCGCAUGUCCGGCUCGUCGUUUGCCAUGUCCGACAUGGCCUCGUACGAGGAGUUCUCUGCCGCUCUCUCCGAGGUUCGAUCAAUCAACUCUGACUACCCCCCGCCUUCAAACAGAACGUCCCUCAUGUCGUCUACGCAACUCUCCCCUGUGGCGUCUCCCCGCCUGCCGCAGUCUCGCCCCGAGCAGGUCAGAACCCAGAGCCGCGGCCGCGCCUCGCCGUCUCCCCGGCCGAGCAUGAGGGCUGCCCCGUACGAGAUCACGCGAGGGAACAAGACGCAGCGGUGGUCCACCGGGUCCUACAGCGUGGCCCAGAGGAGGGCCUCUCCGGCGCUCUACCACUCGCCUCCUCCCGUCUCUCAGAGAUACUCGUAUCAGUCCGUUCCUGCGUCGACCACGGCCACGGCCUCGGCCUCAGCCUCGGCCAUGUUCCCCAACCAGCAGCCGAUGAACGCCAGACCUCCCUACAUGAUGGGCGGGCCAUCGUCUUUCAACCGGAACAGCAUGGUCCUCGCCUCUCAGCUGCCUACGCAGGUGCCCUCGUACUUUUACAACCACAACGAGACGCACGGCGUUGUCGCCACGCCCCCGACCCUGCCCUCGCACGGCCUCCUCCGAGUUCUCCAAAGCAACGGCGAGCCGCAUCCCUUGACCGGCCUCUACGCAGACCUAUCCGACCCCCCGGACCUGUUUGGCUGUCUCCAGGAAGAGCAGGCCCCGCCUCCACCCGAAGAUAUGAAUCCCUCGGACCCGGAGAUGGUGCCCUAUGAGCAGGAGCUGCGGUUUGAAAACGACCUGUACACCCCGCGCUGGGUGCGAGGACACGGCAACAAGAGGGAGGGAUGGUGCGGCAUCUGCAAGCCCGGGAGGUGGCUGGUGCUGAAGAACUCUGCGUUCUGGUACGACAAGUCUUUCUCCCACGGCAUCAGCGCGGCAACCGGCACUCCCUUCCAGGAGCCUCUGGAUUCGAGGCGCAUGAACGGCAACCCGGAUAUUUGGGAGGGUCUUUGUGGCAGCUGCAACGACUGGAUCCCUCUUGUCAGCAGCAAGAAGAAGGGAACAACCUGGUUUAGACACGCUUACAAGUGUCACACGCACCCGAAAGCCAAAGACGCUCACAAACGCCGUCGAGAAAACAGCCAGCAUCGACCGGGUGGCCAGAUGCCGCAGCACGAAUCGCUCCGACCCAUGACGCCUCAGAUGUCCUCUCCAGGCUCCGGUAUGGAGGGACAGAGUCUGGCAAUGGCUGCCUCGAUGUCUAUGCCCUCGCAGCCUAUGGACUCCCGAUACAUGCCAAUGCAGCAACAAGCUCAUGCGCACGGCGGUAUGCCGCAGAGGUCGGACUCUGUGAGGUCGCAGAAUGCACCCAUGGACUCGUAUCCUGGAAUGAUUUAA